AUGGCAACCAGUCGAAUAGACCCGGAUCGCCCUUCCAUCCGUCUUUCCCCCUCCCACACCCGAAAUACCUCGCGUUCAGCCUCAUUUGAAAGAAUCCCUAGCUCCAUCUACCAGCAACUCGACCCUCUCCUCAGCAAUCUCUCUCCCGAAUCAACUCUACAUGCCCUCACAUCGACCGACGCAGUCCCUUUGAAUGAACAAGCCGCCCAUGAUAUCCUCUCGCGAAGCAUCUCCCAGGUGUCGCCGUCGGAACGCGCCCUAGGGAUACGCGCGGCAGUAGCUGCCCAAAACCUGAAUCUGUGGCACAAAGAGGUUUUAUCAUGGGAUUGGCCAAAUCAGUGCGAUGCGAAGCUUGGGAUGGGUUUCAUUCCUCCUUCUGAGUCGCACUCUGACGGAAAUUCCCUCCCAUCGGGCUUUUCGGCUCCCCCUAGCAACACCCAGGAAAACUACUACGGGAGCUUGUUAGCUAGCGUGGUUGAGCGAUAUGAGAAGAGAGCCGAUGAAAUUCGCGAUGGAAUGGACGAUCUUAACGUGGAAGAAUUAAAGGAACACGUUUUGAAUGCCCACAUUCCAUCGAGGUCUCGGCCCUCAUCCGCCACAAGCUGCGUGUCCGUACCUCCGCCGCUCAGCUAUGUACAGCUGAGUGACUUUACAGCUGUCAUUACCGCGACUAUCCUGCGAGCUCUUCCAUAUUUAUCGCGACUGAGCGCGUUACUUGCUACCUGGGAAGUUCGCCUUUUUGUCUUACGCCAAAUUCCUGGUCUGCUGCGAGAGCUCAGCUUGACCCACUCUGCCCUUGACUCUUCACUCCAGGCCUUAAAAACCCCACACUCCUUUACCCCAAAUUCCAACAAAUUCUCCGAUGCCUCCCUAGCUGUCGAGCAUGUCAAACUGGAGUCCGCAGUCGUGGCUGUGGGGAGGCGAAUGGACCGAAUUCUCGACGCGUUGGAGGGUCGCCCAGAUUCUUUGCCUGAACAGUGGAUUGACGACCUGGAAGCCAUCGAAUCCGACUUCGCCACAUGGGUGGUGGAGGCUGAUAGAUGCAAGGUUCAGAACGAGUGGGUGCGGUCAAAAGCCGAGGCUCAAUUGGCCGAGAUGCGAGCAGUUGACCUUCAGCGCGCAGAGUCAUUGAAGGAAACAGGGCAGGAUCCGGCAUCCAACACAACUGUAUCAGAACCUUCAGAUGUUCUCCAUCUCCCUCUGGACCAGGUUAUCGAACAUGAGCCCGAGCCCCAGCGUGGCCUUCAACUCCCGUCCGGUGAUGCAAGGGCAACCAGCCCGCAAACUGUUCAACAAUCAGCGACGUCACUUGAGGAGACGCCAUUUCCUGCAGACUGCGCCGAAGGAAAUGUUUCGCCAAACCUAAAACUUUCAAUAUCUCUCUCAAAGUCUCCAAUCGAAGAGAAGCAAGAAGACCUGACCCCUGUAGCUGUGGCAGAGGACCUAGAGACACCAACACAGUCCGACUUUCCGCCAGCUCCUGCGAUUAGCCGACAGCUACUUUCAGCUCCUGCGCAUACGCCUUGCGCGGAUGAUCGCACCUUGGAAAAUAAGGAAAACAUUCCGCCGCCUGACUUCCAACAGAUAGACGUAGAUCUGUCACCACCCAGCCAGGCGUCUACAAAAUCACAUCCAUUGUCUGAGCAAGGUGCUCCGGCCGAGGAAAUUUUGCUUCAAAAUACCGCUGCGUUUGAAAGCGAGGUCCAACUUCCUGAGCUUGCUGUCUCUGCUGGUCUACCCGCCGCGGUUACGCUCCAUGCUUCUGCUGGUCCUCAAGACUUACCUUGUGAGGCUGUAGCAAAUGAAAGCAAGAAGAACUCAGAUGACGAGGAAAAGCAACUUUCUCCACACCCCAAAUCCCUCGAGCUCAAUCCUGAGCCUACACCCACCAGUUCUUCUAUUGACCAAAGUCCUAAGUCACCGAUCAGGGCGGGUGAACGGAAUCAGUUUGAUACCCCGGUGGCAGCAACGAUCUCCCCGGUACUCACACCUAGCAGAUCGGACAUCCGAGUGCCGAAAUCUAGACCGUCUCGCAGAAUUUCCCAAAUACCCAUGGCUGUGGCAUCACCCAAGUCGGGCUCAAAUCACACGCCCAUCAAGUCUCAAAUCCCGCUCAACGAAGGGAAAGUAGAAACUUGUCAACCAACUGUUCGCAAGCCACUACAGAGCCCUAUUAAACUUUCCAAAUCUCGCACAGGGAAAGUUGAUAUCGAGAAAGAUGGCAAAGUGGCGCACAAAAUUACGCAUCGUCGUCGGACAUCUACUGGAUCUGUGACCUCUUUGCUUUCAGAUCAUUCUUCUCUCAUCUCGAGUCCUGAUGUACUUGAGCCGCGCACCGCUUCCUCUCAUGCGACACCCGUCGGAAAAUUGUCUCGCCAUAAAUCUAUACGUCCUCCUUCACACGGGGAUUAUACCCUGAGGGAAGAUCGCCUCCGUCGCUUAGAAAAUCAAAAGCCUGACCCACAGAUCUCUUUCCAGCAGAAUCGCACGGUCAGCCUACCCCUCGAGCGGUUUAUCAAUGAACGCUUGGAAUUGGGCCUGGGAAGUGAGUCGGCGCCAGGUGUGGCUAGUGUGAACCCAUCAAGGACGAGAACACGCUCUGUCACAUCUGCCGACUUCCCCAAACCUCCAAAGACUCGAACCAAAAUCACAUUCCAGGAUACUUCAGCUGCAUCAAUUCCACCGGCCCCGCGUCUCCCUACUCGCCAUCACCAACUGUCCCGAGGAAAGUCUGCAACUGACUUGAAAUCUCAAAAUGAGAUGGCAAAAAUUGCGGAACGAAACAAAAAGACAUUCGGGAUGAAUUCCGCUCGAAGAGCCAUGGAGCACCUCCUCCAGCCCAAGUCUCUCCGAUGGCGGCAGCGACUGACUGCUCAUCCAAGUCUCGAAAGUCUGGGCGUGAAGAGACAAGAGUUGUCCUAUGUAGAAGAGCAUGAAUCCGAGCUCACCGAUUUCCGAUUACGCCCUUCGUCGCCAACGAAACUCGGCAAGCAACCGCGAGACCAGCUCGACGAAAAGAUCAAUUCGAUUCUCAAUUCGUUGCCCGGUCAUAUUCAUAUGGUGGAUUCCAACCACGAAGUAGAGACAUCCUCGUCGUCGUCAUCCUUGGACCGACGAAUGCGGCACCGAUCCGAGUCCCCUACUGGUCCAACUCGCAGCAGCACUCCCGCACCUUCUCUGACGUUGAGACCUGCUGGCCGAAGACGACACUCUCAUGCCUUCAAGACAGAGGAUAGCUGUGUCAAACUGUACCACCUCCAUCACGGGGGCCAGUCCGCACCGACAAAACUGUUUGUUCGCACCGUUGGUGAAGAGGGACAGCGAGUGAUGGUUCGAGUUGGCGGUGGAUGGGCCGACCUUGGCGAAUACCUUCGUGAAUAUGUCAUUCAUCAUGGUCGCCGCAAGGUGUCUGAAACCCCCCGUGUGGAGGUGCAGGGCAUAAAAUCACGUUCUUCGCCGUCUUACACUUCUCCAAGUACUAUGCUGACCCCGGCUACCACCUAUCUCACUUCCGGCCGGGCUACUCCCUCCCGGCCAUCAUCGGUGGUCAGUGCUCGGCCACCUUCAUCUCUUACUGUACAUAAAAAACGACGAGGCUCAACCGCAUCCGAUGCGAAGGGCACCAGAGCAGUGACGACAGGCCAGAUAUCCUCCUUCACCUCGCCCCCACCUGCUGUCGCCUCUUUACCUUCCUCAACCGGGAGACGCCUUUCAGUGUCAUCUGGCCAUUCCGUCGGGGACGCCCACUCCCCCGGCAACACCGCUGCUGCCUCCACAGUCAACGAAUCCCGCUCCACCCCGCUGGGCUUAGCUGGUCCUAAGCCACGUGCUCGGUACGAAUCCAUGAGCCCAGAGGGUGAAGCCUGGGUUGCAGAUGUCCUCCAAAAGACCCGCCGCUCCAGCUCCCACAACCCACCCCAGUUCGCACUGAGCAUGCCACCAGACCACGAUUCCGAUGACCGAUUUGCUAUCGUCGACGGCGGCGCAAUUGGGCACUCCUUACCUAAAGUCCGCAGCAUUGGCGAUAUUGGGUCUAUCGGUACAAGCAGGCGGGUCGUACUUAGAGGUCUUGGAUCUCGCAGGCCGUGA